CCCGGUUCUCCGGUGAGUGUGGCGGCCCGGGAUGAGUCCGGCUCCGGUGAAUCCGCUGCUGUGGUUCCGCGUGUGCGAUGACGGAGAUCUGGAGAGCUGCCGGCGGCUGCUGGAGGACCCUGGCGGGCUGGCGCAUGUGGACGGAACCGAUGAGGAUGGAAACACGGCGCUGAUGUUCGCCUCCGCCGGAGGACACGAGCUGCUGGUCCGGUUCCUGCUGCGGAAAGGAGCGUCGGUGGACCGGAGGAACCACUACGGCUGGACCCCGCUGAUGCAGGCCGCCAGGUUU